GCAGAUGAUAGGUGAUUCUCAACAUGUACAAGACAAAGAAGGAAAAACUGCUUUGAUGCAUGCCCUUACAAAUACAAGGGAUUUACCUGAAAAUAUCAUCGAGCAGAUUAUAGGUGAUUUUCAACAUCUACAAGACAAAGAAGGAAAAACUGCUUUGAUUCAUGCCCUUACAAAUACAAGGGUCUUACCUGAGAAUCUCAUCAAGCAGAUGAUAGGUGAUUCUCAACAUGUACAAGACAAAGAAGGAAAAACUGCUUUGAUGUAUGCCAUGAUAAGCAAAUGUGUCAUUUCAGAUAAUCUUAUCAUAAAGGUGAUAGGUAUUUCUCAAAAUAUACAAGAUAAUGAUGGAAAAACUGCUUUGAUGCAUGCGUUUAUACACAAUGUGCAACUUUCAGAAGACUUAAUUGAACUUUUAGCUGGAGAAAAACCUUUCAUCCAAGAUAAAUCUGGCAAAACUGCACUGAUGUAUGCUUUACAAUUUAACCAGCACUUAACUUAUGCAAAUAUAAAAUAUUUAUUUGGAGGUAAAGUAAAUAUACGUGACAACGAAGGCUACACAACUGUUCUUUAUGCAGUUAAAUACUAUCGAUGUAUGACAGAAGAAAUCAUCGCUCUACUGGUUGGUGAUUCUCAAAAAGAACAAUAUGAUUUAGGCAAAACAGCUUUAAUGAUUGCAUUACAAUUCUUCAAAGCACAUUUAGAAAAAUCUAAACCCUCUUAUAUUAUGAACUCGUGUUAUUUUCCAUACCAGUUUGAGAACAACAUUAUGAUGGACGCGAUCAGAAACCCUCCACAUCAUCUGAACAAUGAGGUCACAGGACUACACCAUUCUAACUACCUUACUGGCAACUAUUUAAAACCUCUAAUUGGAGAUACAUGUAAUAUUCAAGAAAAAGAUGGAAAAACAGCUUUGAUGUAUGCCAUAACAAUUACAAGGGACUUACCUGAGAAUCUUAUCAAGCAGAUGAUAGGUGAUUCUCAACAUGUACAAGACAAAGAAGGAAAAACUGCUUUGAUGUAUGCCAUGAUAAGCAAAUGUGUCAUUUCAGAUAAUCUUAUCAUAAAGGUGAUAGGUAGGUCUCAAAAUAUACAAGAUAAUGAUGGAAAAACAGCUUUGAUGCAUGCGUUUAUACACAAUGUGCAACUUUCUGAAGACUUAAUUGAACUUUUAGCUGGAGAAAAUCCUUUCAUCCAAGAUAAAUCUGGCAAAACUGCACUGAUGUAUGCUUUACAAUUUAACCAGCACUUAACUUAUGCAAACAUAAAAUAUCUAUUUGGGGGUAAAGUAAAUAUACGUGACAACGAAGGCUACACAACUGUUCUUUAUGCAAUUAAAUACUAUCGAUGUAUGACAGAAGAAAUCAUCGCUCUACUGGUUGGUGAUUCUCAAAAAGAACAAUAUGAUUUAGGCAAAACAGCUUUAAUGAUUGCAUUACACUUCUUUAAUGCACGUUUAAACAAAUGUAAACCCUAUUAUAUUAGAAACUCGUGUUAUUUUCCAUAUCAGUUUGAGAACAACAUUAUGAUGGACGCGAUCAGAAACCCUCCACAUCAUCUGAGCAAUGAGGUCACAGGACUACACCAUUCUAAUUACCUUACUGGCAACUAUUUAAAACCUCUAAUUGGAGAUACAUGUAAUAUUCAAGACAAAGAUGGAAAAACAGCUCUGAUGCAUGCCAUAAUAUAUGCAAGGGACAUACCAAGUAAUAUCAUCACACUGAUGAUUGGUGAUUCUCAAAAUAUUCAAGACAAAGAUGGAAAAACUGCUUUAAUGCAUGCUUUUAAAUACCAUUUGCAUCUUUCUGAGGAAAUUAUUAAAUAUUUAACUGGAGAAAAUCCUUUAAUUCAAGACAAAUCUGGCAAAACUGCACUGAUGCAUGCUUUUCAGUUUAAUCGACAUCUUGAACAUAAAACCAUUAAUGAAUUAUUUCUUGGGAAAAUAAAUAUGCGAGACAAUGAAGAAAACACAACUGUUAUUUACGCCCUUACACAUUAUACAUAUUUAAAUGAAAAAAUCACUGACCUACUUGUAGGAGAUACUCAAAACACCCAAUAUAAGGAAGGUAAAACAGCUUUGAUGAUAGCAUUAGAAAAUGGCAAGGUCUGUAGUGGCACAUAUGAUUGUAUUCAACCUCUCAUUGGCAACUCUUGUAAAGUCCAAGAUAAUGAAGGGAAAACAGCUUUAAUGUAUGCCAUGAAACAUAAAUGUAACCUUCGAGAUCAACUCAUAAGACAGUUGAUAAGUGAAUCACUGCACAUUCGAGAUAAUAUAGGGAAAACAGCUUUGAUGUAUGCCAUGAAACAUAAAUGUAACCUUCCAGAUCAUCUCAUAAAACAGAUGAUUAGUGAUUCACUGCAAAUUCAAGAUAAUGAAGGGAAAACAGCUUUAAUGUAUGCCAUGCAACAUAAAUGUUACCUUCCAGAUCAUCUUAUGAAACAGAUGAUUAGUGAUUCACAGCACAUUCAAGAUAAUGAAGGGAAAACAGCUUUAAUGUAUGCCAUGAAACAUAAAUAUGACCUUCCGAAUCAUCUUAUGAAGGAAAUGAUAUGUGAUACACAGUUUGUAAAAGACAAAAAAGGGAAAACAGCUUUAAUGCAUGCCUCUCAGAGCUCACAUUUUCCAAACCCUUUAAUAAUAAAUCUGUUCAAUAGAGACUUGUUAAAUGUGCAAGAUAUUUUUGGUAAAACCGCCUUGCACUAUGCCAUUGAAGACGAUCAGAAUGAUGAAUAUUUGAAACAUCUCAUUUCACAUGGAGCAAACCUUGAGGUUCAAGAUAACAAUGGACGAACAGCUCUUAUUUUAUGUCUUGAGUUUGACAUUCAAGAGAAUGUAUUUUUUAAUCUGUGGACUGAAAAGUUUCUUAAAACUAAACAGUUUCUGCAAUACAACCCAAUUCCAAGUGUUAGACACAAAGAAAAACUAUUUUUAUUUACUUCCAUUGAGAAAGAGAUGUUUAGUUUAAUGAAUUUGUAUAAAAACAAAGAAAUACUUAGAUUAAUGUUGGCUAACGGUAUUGUCCCGUUUCCUAAUUCCUGUUCCAAGUUUUCUAUGUUAUUAGGAGCUUUGAAACAUAACUUGAUAGAUGUCGCUACAUACGUUAUUGCUAACGUGUGUAUGACAUAUGAUGACUUGAAAAUGCUGAACUAUGCAAACAACUGUUUAAAUUCAAACUGCAUUGUUAGGAGUCCCCCUAGUGUUUAUAACUUAAAUGGUUUAGAUCUCAGUUCACCUGACCUUCGGGACUUGGUCAUUGGCGCAACUUCUCAACCCUGGCCUUUGGUCAAACUGUCAUUCCUUGCCGUCAACUCUGCCCUCGGCAACGGUGUUAAGAGAGAACAAAGAAUAAAAAUGUUACCACUUCCUGAACCGAUCAAAGACAUGUUGAUGUUUAACACGAGGACAGCACUGCUUCCGGUCAGUCACUGGAUAGACAUUCCGAUGGUUUUUGAUCCUGCUCAGUAUGAAAAGACUAGCAAGCCCAGACCUUUGCUUAACUACUGGCCAUUUGGUGAAGUCCUGGUCGUCUAA